AUGUCAAACAGUCCAGAUGGAGAAAAUAUCGGCGAUUUUCUUGCCGCUUCAGUGAAAAUGGAAAAUGAGGAAGAACCGCCGCAAAAGUCGAUCAUAUACGUUACCGCCAAUGUGAAAAUUCCGCUAAUUUUCGAGAAUAAUUCGGAAUCACUUUCAAAAACCAUUCGAAACGGAAAGCUGAAUCUUGUGGAUGUUGGGAAUUUGAUAAUCGAAUCGCAUCGAAUGGGCCUUCCGACGGGAUGUCUCAUCGACGAUUUCGUCCAGAUUAGCGUUUGGAAAGUUAAUGGACAAAUGUUCACAUCCGCUUAUCUCGACCCAGGGAAUAGCCAAGCACUUCAAAUUGGGAACUAUGUCAUGAAUGAGAUAAUAAGUCGAAAAAUUGAGUCGAUGCGACGCACCACACCAAGCACGAAGCAGUCGCUUCCAACUUUGGAUAUGGGUGAAGUGUCGGGCUCAAUUCUGAACAUCCACCAAGAAUUUCGUAUUCAAGCCGAUCCGCCUUUUAAGGAAUAUUUGAUCAAUUUGUCGGAAUUUGAGCAUCCGCGAAAAUCGCUCAAACAACACAUCGUACUUCGCGAUUAUCUCUAUUUUAUUCUCACCAAAAUCACCGAUCCACCGGAGGCAAUUCGAAGCUACACAUAUCGAAAUGUGCCGAAAGGCGAAAACUACGAGUCUGAAAAUGGGAGCGAGGAUGAGAGUGUUGAAAUGAGCGACGAGGAGAGGAAUGGAAUCGAAGAUUAUCCGUCGAUCGAGGGAAAACACCAGUUCAAAGAUUUGCCGGAGCACGUGACGAAGACUUUGAAAGCAUUGUUUCUUCAAUAUUAUGGUUUGGAUUCGCCAAUUCUUUCUUGUAAUAUCAUGACAAAUGCUGAACUUGAAGCUUGCCCUGAUUUUCGAAUUUUGGGAUCUGACAAUGAUGAACGCUUGAUCGCUUUGAGAGAAAAACGAAGGAUUUGGUACAAUUUCACCGUUCUCAUAUUUCCAGCGAUGCUGAAAAACGCGUGCUGUGAGAUUCGCCUCUCCUCAUUUACCACAAUUAAUGGCAAAAUCGUAUGGACGAAGAGAAAGAGGAAGGCUGGAUUUCGGGCUCAGCUACAAGCGAUGAAACGAAAAUCGACGGGAAAUUCAAAAACCAAAAAGGCGAAACAAGCGAAAACGGCGAAUUGUGAUAAUUGA